CAGGGGUUUGGAAGGAGGGAGGGAACCAAACAGGAGCCAGAUGUGUGCGAGUCCCGGGCUCCUGCCUCCUCCCUCCUCUCGGGCAUCUUAAAACCCGGAGCGCUGACAGAGAGGGAUCCGGAGCCAGACAGACGGCGAGCAAACAACUCCGCUCCAAGGCUCCUCCGGGAGUGGAAGCCCGGAGGGAGGGGGGGAAAAAGGAAGCCGGGCAUGCUCAGUAGGCGGGACAAAGUUUUUUUUUUUUUUUUCUCUCUCUCUCUCUCUCUCCUUUUUUUUUUUUUCGGUCGCAAGUAGGAAGCUUUUUGCACUCCACCACCUCUGGCCGCUGGGAAGACGUCAUCGCUUCCGCCCUACUUCCUCCUCCUGUUGGCGGCGGUGAGAAUCCAAUAUGGAGUAAAUCGGUGGAGUCGAGAGAUGGGGCUCGGACGGGGCGCCCUGCACCGCCUCCCAGGCGCACCUCCCCCGGCCGCCGACCGCUCCCCGGAACCGUGAUUGGCCCGGCCCCCCCGGGGCGACCCCGCACCGAGCCCCCACCCGCGUCCGGCCUUCUCCUCUCAGCAGUCCCCGCCGCCCCACGGCGCGCUUGUUUUUCUCCUCCUCUCCCCAGCGCCGUCCCCUGCCCAAAUCUCUCCCCCUCCGCCCGCUCCCGAAGCCCCCGAACCCCGCCCGCCUCGCCCCUCGGCGCUGCGACGCUCACUCCCUCCGCAGCUUGCCUUUGCACCCCUUUCCCCAAACCUCACCCCGCGCUCCGGUCGCCCUGCUUCCCCUUCUGCCUUCUGCGGCGCCCCCCUCAUCUGUAGCCGCCCCCCCCCCAACCAAAUCAGGCGAUCUCCGGAGAUGUGAAGAAGGAGGGUGAGCGGACAGGAAGAUGAAGGGAGCAAAGCUGCCCGCCGCGGGACAGGCGUCUAGGUGAACAGGAAAAUGACCGAAGAAACACACCCGGACGAUGACAGCUAUAUUGUGCGUGUCAAGGCUGUGGUUAUGACCAGAGAUGACUCCAGCGGGGGAUGGUUCCCACAGGAAGGAGGCGGGAUCAGUCGCGUGGGGGUCUGUAAGGUCAUGCACCCCGAAGGCAAUGGACGAAGCGGCUUUCUCAUCCAUGGUGAACGACAGAAAGACAAACUGGUGGUAUUGGAAUGCUAUGUACGAAAGGACUUGGUCUACACCAAAGCCAACCCAACCUUUCAUCAUUGGAAGGUCGACAAUAGGAAGUUUGGACUUACUUUCCAAAGCCCUGCUGACGCGCGAGCCUUUGACAGGGGAGUGAGGAAAGCAAUCGAAGACCUUAUAGAAGGCUCAACAACAUCAUCUUCCACCAUCCAUAAUGAAGCUGAGGUUGGUGAUGAUGACGUUUUUACGACAGCUACAGACAGUUCUUCUAAUUCCUCUCAGAAGAGGGAACAACCUCCUCGGACAAUCUCCUCUCCCACAUCCUGUGAGCACCGGAGGAUUUAUACCCUGGGCCACCUCCACGACCCAUACCCCACGGACCACUGUCCCCUCGAACAGUCGAUGCCGAGGCCCUACCGCCAGGUGAGCUUCCCGGACGACGACGAGGAGAUCGUGCGCAUCAACCCCAGGGAGAAGAUCUGGAUGACGGGCUACGAGGAUUACCGGCACGCGCCCGUGCGGGCCAAGUACCUGGACACCUCGGAGGACGCGGACUCCUACGUGCGCUUCGCCAAGGGCGAGGUCCCCAAGCACGACUACAACUACCCCUACGUGGACUCCUCAGACUUUGGCCUCGGCGAGGACCCCAAAGGGCGCGGGGGUGGCGUGAUCAAGACACAGCCGUCCCGGGGCAAGUCCCGGCGGCGGAAGGAGGACGGCGAGCGCUCCCGGUGCGAGUACUGCAGGGACAUGUUCAACCACGAGGACAACCGGAGGGGCCACUGUCAGGAUGCGCCCGACUCCGUGAGAACUUGCAUCCGCCGGGUGAGCUGUAUGUGGUGUGCAGACAGCAUGCUCUACCACUGUAUGUCGGACCCCGAGGGAGACUAUACAGACCCGUGCUCGUGCGAUACUAGCGACGAGAAGUUUUGCCUCCGGUGGAUGGCUCUUAUUGCCUUGUCUUUCUUGGCCCCUUGCAUGUGCUGUUACCUGCCCCUUCGGGCCUGCUACCACUGCGGAGUGAUGUGCAGGUGCUGCGGUGGGAAGCACAAAGCGGCCGUGUGACUCCGGGCCCUUCCCCCCGCCCCCCAUCCACAGCCACAAGGGACCUUGUCUUCGCCACACUCUCAUCUUCUCCCCUGCUCCCUGGUGCCACCAUUGCAGCCUGGGGAACCUACCCGCUGGACUCUGCACUCCCCCCCGCCACCCACUCUGCGUCAGCGACACACCCCUACACGCAGCACACAGUGUUCUAAGGAAAGGAACCUCCACGCAGACCUUCGUGUGUUAUUAACAAUCUGUAAUCAAGCUGUCUUCUCCACAUUGAUUUUCCUG